AUGGCCUCAGAACUACCAACUAACAACUUGGACGGUCUGGAAAACGCUGAAUGGCUGAAAAGCGUACCGUCAAACGCGACGCUCUUCGACACCGGGCUGUUUGAGCACUACGACUGGAGUAAGGAGGACGGGGACGAAUGCAUCAGGCUCUUGGAGUUUGGCGCCGGGAUCGCACGCGACGCGUCGCAGCUGCACAUGGCGACAACUCUGCUGAAGAAGUUUACGGUCGACCCCGCGGGUGGUAUCCUCGGACCACGCUUUGCAGACUAUCCGGAAGUUCAGGUCAUGGCAAAAAUGAUAGACGAGAACAUCGAUUGCAUUGGACGUUGCCUCGCGACGCAUAACCUGGGAAUCACGAACUUCAGCCUUCGAUCUAUCUAUGUCCUGUACUCACUUUACUCCCUACGCCAAGACGCGAUGUACAACGAGACCAUCCUGAGUUACGCGGGACUCCUUGUUCCAGAGGAAGACAUUGGUAGGGCGCUUGAAGAAAAAUCUCAAUUCGCAUACCAAAGCAACGACAUAAUCCGGAACCUGCACGCUGUCGACCAAGUUGUGGCAAAGAUGUACCAGGACAUGCGCGAAGACAAACUCAGUCACGAGUUGAUUGUCAAUGUCGGCGGGCUGUGUGUUAAGCUAUGUCUAUCUCAUUUGAAAGCACGCAGGACGGCAGGAUUUGACGAUGAAAAGACGUUCUUCAUCGACAUGCGUCGCGACAAGUCUUAUCAAUCGUACGAGUUUCUGCUACGCGGCGUGACUUGGCCGGGCAUUGUCGGUAGCGACGACAUUUUACGAGAUGUUAUAACAACUGCAGAGCUACUGACGGCGCCCCGCGACGGAAUUGCAGUACAGCAGCGCAUUAUUAGGCUGCUGUUUGGGCGAACUCAAGUCUCGAAGGCGAAAUACGCACAGAUGCACCACCUGAUGCGCUUUGCCUUGCGCAAUCCGUACGGCGUGUGGGAGGACGCGAAGAGCCAAUGCUUGUGGUGUGGAAAGCAUCAUGCCAGCAUGCGAUGCACGCACUGCAAAGUGGCACUGUACUGCAACGCGUACUGUCAGAAAUUGGACUGGCGGCGAGCACAUAAACCGGCAUGCGCUAUGUACAGCAUCGAAGUUCUCUCAACACUGAAGGAUAGCUCAGAGGAUGAUGAGAAUAAGAAAGAAGACGAAGACGGAGAGUCUUCGACAACGUCGUGA